UAAUUGAGGAAUGAUUGAUUGAGGAUGGACUAAUAUUAGAUAUAUCGUCAAAUAUUGAUUUAGUCUUUACAACUUAUUUUAGGAAAAGAAGAGACAAAUAGAGAAAAGGGUGUUUCUUUGUAAAAACAUUAGCAGGAGCUAUCGCUAGCCAGGUACCCGGGGGAGGAAACGUUACCUUGUCAACUAGAGACAACUAAAACGGCUGUAUCUAUUAUCAGCCGAUGCAGCUGGAGAAGAUAAUUUUCACGUUGCGUCCCUACAGUUUGGGCGUAUAAUCUGAGACUGGAACUCGACCGUAUUGUUGUCUGUUUCAGCAGGGCAAGUCGCAGAAAUGUCACUGUCGACCGAGACACGUUCUGGAUUGAAUCCGGGUCAUAGACUCAAAUGCGAAACCAUCUGUGUGGUACCAGACCUUUCUUCUGUUCUCCUGGAAGAUGACUUUGACCAUAACAAAUCAUUCCCACACACUCGGAGACCAAUGUACAACAGGCAACAUUUGGCGCUGCAGCGUCGUUAUUGUCCGGGUUCUUUGACAGGAGAACAUUUGGAUGUGUUCAGUUCUAACUCUGCACAAAAUCAUCAGAAAUGCAGUCUGCAUCGGGCCUCCCUAGUUUCUUCCAUCUGUCUGCCACAUCGAUCUUCUCCUUUGGAGUCAGAGGAAAGCCUUUUCUCUCAACUGUCAGGAAAGUUUGGCCUAAAGGAAUCUCCAUCGGUCCUCAACCCAAACAAAGUCAUUCUCACAAUUGACCAAAAGUCCAGAGAGAUUCUGUCCGUGAAUGAGCAGGCCUGCAGGCUGUUCGAGUACACCACUGAUGAGCUGGUUGGAAAAAAGUUGGAUUUUUUCAUAAAGAAAACCAGUCAGGUCCUGGAACAAGCUUUAGAAGAGGAUUUUCUGCUUGGUGAUGGAACAGUUUCAGCCAUGUGUGGAAAAGUGGUGGAUGUUUUGACUCUCUCUGGAGAAGUGCCAGUGUCUGUGUGUACACACAAACCGUCGCAAGUGGAAGAUGAAUGUCUUGUUAUUAUGGAAAAUGUGGAACGCUUGUCAGCCUUCAUCUCCUUUUCACAGGAUGGCAUCAUCCUCAGCUGUGACUUGACAUUUGCCCAUCUCCAUGGAUAUCAACAUCCUGAUGAGAUAAAAGGAGUUUCCGUGAAGAAACUAAUCCCAUCUUUGCAAAUACCUCUUCAUGCCGCUCAUGCCUGGCCUAAGAUGCUACGGGUACAGAGACAGUGCGGUAAAGCCAGAAGUGGUGCGUUGGUCCCUCUAUGUAUCAAACUUCAGGGAGCAGUUCUAUGCGGAAAACUUCAAAACCUAAACGACGAGACCCAAUGCACAUACUCAACAGCCUGUCUGAAAAACGUUUCACAAGAGCAGCAGUCUUUCUCCCCUCAUUCCUUCCCUGUUUGCAAAACAGAGUUAAACUGUGAGCAACAUAAUGGAAAAGAUCAGCCUUCAGCCCUGGACAACAGUGCUAGCCCCUUGAGCCCAUCAUUGGAAUACUCUGGUACAGUUUGGGUGUUUGCCCCGUUGGGUGGCCUCCUCCUACUUUGCCCCAAUGGUGUCAUCUCCAGCAUCCACAACCACCUGGCUCUCCGUUUGUUUGGCUACAGCAAACAUGAGUUGGAAGGAAAAAGCGUUGCCUUCUUGAUGCCUGGUUUCUAUGAAUCCAUGAGGGACUCGGUCAGGAAUGCGUGUCCAUUCCCCAAUUCUCGAGUAGAGGCUGCUAAAAGUACAGCCUUGUCCAAAAUGUCAGGGAAAACUGAUCCAUCCUCACUUAUAGCUGGAGAUAUGGCCAUGGUUCAACAAGCUGUCCUGGACAGAACUCUGACAGGAAGAGGCAAGAUCUUCACUGGCACCAGUACCAGACUGGACAAACAGGGCAGCGCAUUGUCAACACUUUCACUUCCUGCAGUCACAUCCACACGUGUUGUCACUGCUGACGACACCUCCGAGCUGAUGGCAGAGGCAGCCCAGGUUGCUCCUUGUUGCAGCCAUCUAGAAACCACAGGAAGCACUCAGGCGCUCCUGAAGACAUUUGCAUGGGUGGAACCUCCAGGAGACGACACCUGCUGCCCCACUGUCUAUGAACCAGGGCAAAAAGACCCUAAACAGCAGCUCUGUAAUGGAACACAGAAGAGCAAUAAACCCCCAAACCCCGUCAACAUUGAUGUCAUCACAGAAAAUCAGAGAGGACAUGCUGUUUGUGGGCAGGAUGGCCCCUCCCCUGAAAGAGAUAAAUGCCCAAAAUCAUGUGCCUCUGUCCUGCAAGACUCGAGCUUUGAGGUCAUUUCAAUGGAAAGCAGGUCUUCCUCUGGUUUCUGUGAAAGGUUUGCUGGUCAUGGUGUAUCUGACCCAGGUCAGGGAGGGUCUUGCGCAGCUCGGUACACGGACGACUCGGCGAGCUGCUUCCUGGACAUCAAUAGCAACGGAGACCUUGUAACGAGGGCACUGGCAGAGCUGGACCUGAGCAGUAGUGUGGAGCUGCUCAGUGGUGUAGUUUACAAUGAUGCCAAUCAACACUCAACAGAGAUCCUGCAAACACCUUCUCCAUGCCGGGUCAGUUUUGACCAAAAUGCAGAGCCAGUUGAAGCUAAAGAUGCUGCUGUUGAGGACAGAAAUGAUUUAGGUGAAGAACGGCAAAAGACCCGGGCGAACAGGACCCCUGGGGAGGAAAGAGGGGGGAGUUCUGUGGAGGAGUUCUGUGUUCAGAUUAAUGGCAGAAUUCAGACGCUGUCUGAAACUCCUACAACGUCGACACCUAAAAGACAGAACAGGCAAAAACUACCCUCUGACAGAGCAGAGAUACAUGAGGGAAGAUUCAAAGGAAAUGCCUACCACAGAGAUGGCACCAGAGUGGAUGUGCAGUUUGAUGUUUGUAAAGCUAAGCUUGAAGACAGCAGCUCUAUGUUCUGUGUUUGGAUAAGUAGACCUGGUCCACAGACAGAGUCACUGCUGCACAGCCAAUCAGAUGCCAGUCUAGGAGAGAGAAUUUGUGAGGCCAGUCAUGGUGAGGCUUUACGGUCCACUUUGGACUUGGACCAAUCUCGAGCCUGUGAUGGACAGUUUGAAGAAGAUUACCAGCCUAUCAAAGCUGUGGGUAAAGGAGCCUUCGGUUUUGUCUGGAAAGCAGUACGGCGUUGUGAUGGACAAGAAGUGGUAGUGAAGUUCAUCAGUAAAGCCAGGAUAGUGAGCGACUGCUGGGUGGAUGAUCCCAUGUUGGGAAGAGUCAGCCAAGAGAUUGCCAUACUGACAAGAGUACAGCACCACAAUAUUGUUAAGGUUCUCGAAGUGUUUGAGAAUGGAAGUUACUUCCAGAUGGUGAUGGAGAAACAUGGUGACGGUUUGGACCUUUUUGAGUUUAUUGACAUGCAGCCCAGACUGGACGAGCCUCUGGCCAGCUACAUCUUCAGACAGUUGGUAGCCGCUGUCUUCUAUCUAAGGACUAAGAACAUCCUUCACAGGGACAUUAAAGAUGAGAACAUUAUCAUCGACAAGUGUUUUCACAUUCGACUUAUAGACUUUGGCUCUGCGGCAAUGAUGGCUCCCAGGAAACUUUUUUAUAAUUUCUGCGGCACACUUGAGUACUGCUCACCAGAGGUGCUUCAGGGAAAUCCCUAUGAGGGUCCAGAACUGGAGCUGUGGUCUCUGGGAGUUUUGCUCUACACACUGCUCUUCAGCGAGAACCCCUUCUGUGAUGUGGGGGAAAUCUUGACGGCCAAACUCAAAACACCAUUUCCUCUCUCUCCAGAUCUCAGUGACAUGUUAUAUGGAAUGCUCAACCCCGAUCCGGUUCAGAGGAUGACCCUAGAUCAGCUGCUGCUCCAGCCCUGGAUCAGUCAGCCCAUAUCUCUGGCAGAGUACAGCUGGGCAGAGGUGCUUCCUGCAACACAGAGUUUAUGCUCACCACAGCAGCAGGAACCAAGCCCUGAUGUUUAUAAAAGACAAGCCUUGUUCCCAGAUCAUGGUGACGAGACUCUGCCUGAUGAUGAAGAGGAAGACGAAGAUGAGGAUGAGAGGUUGUCCAGGGCUGCCCUGGAGAUGGAACUUCAGAAGUAUCUCCAUGACGACUAAAGUCCAGAAUCAAAUUUUAGCAUUUGAUCUGCGGUAGUGCAAAAUUGACAUAAAAAGCCAAAUUAGGUUGAGAUGAAGCUUUUUGUACACGAUGUGCCUUUGUCUUUAUGAAGUAUACACUCAUUGUUUUAAUAAGAAUUAUCCCUUACUGUUAUGUUAUUUGUCUAGCUGCUACAAUGUCAGAAACUAUUUUCAGUAACUAAAUUUUCAGUGCAAUAUGGGCACACAUAAUAUAGCACUAUAUUUUCCCUUUAUUAUUUGUUUUUAAAUCUUUCCAUUUAUUUAUUUUUUUCACAUUGACAACAACCUAAGCCUGACAAUGGUUUCUAGUAAUCCAGAAUAACUAUCCUUAACAGUGUGACCUCCAACUUGUCUCCUUUUUUGUAGACAGAUCUUUCUAUCAUUUUGACGAAUAUAUUUACUGUUACAUAUUUUAAUCAUUUAUGUUCAAAGUUUGUAAGUAUCUUUACAAUAUUUUAACUAUUUUUAUACAUCAAUAAAU